UCAAGCCACUUUGUCGGGUGUAAGAUCUGGUAUGUCAGGGUCUACCACGAGUCAGAGCGUUGGCUUGCAGAUCAGCCAGCAGCAAGCCAUGUCUGACGAGGACUACGAGAUUGCAAAAGCAAACACACUCCAUGCAGAGCUACAACGCCAGUUGCAGGAAGUAGAGGAGAAAAGGGACAAAGCUAGAAUUAGAAAAGCUAGACUAGGGGCAAGAAUGCAGGAGCUAGGCAAACUUGAGGCUAUAGAUGAGUCAACAUUAGACUUUGUUGCUAGAUCCCUUCAGAACUCUUUGGUCCUCACAACUUAUUUGCGAUGUCUGACCACAAAUGUCAAAAAUAAGUUGGUCAAUGAGGCCUCCAUGGAUGUGCAUAACUUCGCCUCGUUUAGCCAGAAAGCCGUAGACAUUGAGGCUAAGCUUGGGAGUGCCCAACAGGGACCAAUAGAUGGAAGGAAGAAGAAGAAGCUUCCUCAAGAUUGGAGGAAGAAAGGCAAUCUCAUGUUCGUUGACCACGAUGGUCAAGCGAAUGGGAUUGAUGACUUCUCUGGCCUUAGGGAAGAGAAAGAGGUAGAUUGGAGUGGGGAAACUUCAGAUGGUGGAGUAGCCGCGCCCAGUAGAGAAAAGGCUAAGGGGGCCGGGAAACAGAAGGUAUCUCAGCCCAAGGGUCAAAAUGACCAACGAUCACCCAUAUGGGUGAAGCUUGGUCUGGACUACGAGGUGUGGCGAGACCGUGUUGCACGAGAUCUAGACUCCCUGAGAGGAUAUCUAGCUGAGAAUUUGGCGAGUGAUGAUUCAAAGUUGCAAUUGACUGGGGUGCAAGUUGCGGCCGAUGGUGAUGGCGGAGCAUUGAAUGAAACGAAGGUGACCCGAAGGGUUCUUAGGGAUGGACGACAGAUGGCUAUGGUAAUGAAGAAGGCUGUGAAGGUGGAGAUUCGGAAUUUGUCAGUAGCACCAACCGAAGAAGUGUUGUUUAAGCAGCAGACGCUCUACUGGUUCGAUGUUAGCGCACACGUCCAUGACAACACAUAUGCCUAUUGUGUGUCCUGUGCAUUUGAUUAUCUGAUGUACGAUGCCCAUGGGCGCCAGGAACAUUGUACGGAUCUGCGUCCAGAAAAGGUGUGGUGUGACCGAUGGUGUCCACUUAGGGCUCAUUGUCAUGAGUGGUAUGCAUAUCAAAUGAAGUCAGUGAAUGCGUUGGAAGGGCACACUGCCAUAAAAACAACACCUAUGAAGAAUUUGCCAUAUGUCGUGACCUUCCGACAAGCUUUUGUGACACGUCAUGGCCACAUUUACAAUGAUGAGGUUGGGUUUGACCCCCGCUGGCGGUGUCCUCGUGCAUCAUUUCCUGCAAUCAGACCAGAGCGAGCAUGGCGUAAGUUCUCGUACAAGAAAGUGCUUGCUAUUGAUCAUGUCUGGCGUGGACCAUACCAUGAGAUCAUUGAUGUCCUCGCCCCGAUGACUGCUAUCUAUGAGGAACUGCUGGCAGAUCCAAGCAUAAUGAUUCACACUACUGUAGAUGCCUUGGAGGAGAACUUUGAGGAGUUUCCGGACAUAAGACACCGAGCUUCUAGAAGCCUAGAGGAGAUGAUGGAGACUUCGGAGUGUCCGGACAGAAAGGAGGACUCGCAGGAAGGCUCUUCAUCCAGACCGGACAGGAUGGAUCGAGUGGCGCGCCAUCCUCGAGAGGGGAAUUUAAGGCAGUCCAAUCAGGGAGGCGAUUGUACAAUGCUGAACACUCCCUCAGAGGAGGAUACUUCUGCAGCCACUCCCGCAACAACUCCGUCAGCGGUACCAGCGGGCGGCCCCACACUACUGACCCCGUCAGUCGAACCUCGCUUCCCGACACCGCUGACAACUUCAGCAUCCCUCUCAGGGAUUUCCUCGAAUAGUGCACAGGGAGGCCUCGUGGGCCUGAUCCCAGGCAUUCCGUUCACAUCGGGAGGGCAGCAAAUCCCGGGAGGAGUUCUGCGCCCGUCAGCCAUGUCCAGGGGGAUGGAUUCCCAGGCCCCAGCAGCCAGGGUCCCAUCCACCACGAUCCCAUCUCAUUCCAUGGGGGGAUCAGGAUCAGGCAAGGGACAAAACGGGCGACAGAGACUUUCCCCCCCCCGCCAGCUAGGCAGAGGAAGAGCUUCUGCCAUGCUGGAGAAGAGAUCAGCUGAGCAGGCUGCUUCGGCCUCCUCCUCUUCUGCAGCACUUGUCUCCCUUUCUUCAAGGGGGCGAGGGAAUGUGGGGGGACGAGGAGGAGGAGGAGGGAAUCGCAGGAAGGGAAAGUCAAAUCUGAAUAUUUAUAAUCCUACCUCGCCCAUAUCUCCUGGACUUGGUGUGACCUCAAUUCAAGGAGAUAAGAAGGAUAAGGUGCUCGACACUUGGUUGAGAACGGUUCCAGUGUGGGUCAGGGCAAAGAGGACACUGGUAGAGGAGGAGGUGAUUAUUGUUGCAUCCUACUUGGAGGGUUCAGCAGCUCGCUGGCUCAAUGGAUUGGUGGCUUCCAAGGGUUUCGGCAGGAACAUGGGUGAUUGGGCUAAGACCCACACCCUGGAGAGUUUUAUGGACUUGGUAGAGGCGCAAAUAGCCAUUGAUGGGUUACUGAAACUUGAUGCUAGAAAGUACAAGUUUGUGUGCGAACUUACCACGACUGUAGAGCGUUUGACUGUCGUCCCAGGCGUGGAGUACAAUCCACAGGUCUUGCUGACCAUGUUUUUUAGGUGUCUUCCCGCAGACAUCAAGAACUUGUCAGCCAGUGAAGAUCGACUUGAGUAUCACACAUUUGAGACAUUCAGCAAGAAGGCCCUAGACUUAGAGGCUACACUGGUUGGUGCUCAAACCCCCCCUACGGACGGGAGAAAGAAGAAGGCUCCACAAGAGUGGAAGAAGAAGGGUAGUCGAUUGAUGAUGGUUGAUUCCGAUGGAAAUGAAAUGGAGAUUGAUGAUGUUUCUGACUUUGUGGAGAGCUCAGGCAGGUGGCUGCGGCAAGGGCGGUCAACAAAGGAGUUAGGGGCAAGCCGUCAACCUAAACAAAAUAGUUGCUUGGGUUAGGGACGGUUUGGAUGAAGAAGUGUGGCAGGAUCGUUAGCAGCGUGGGGUUUGCAUAAACUUAGGCGA